GACAAACUUGUUGUAUUUGGUCUUGCAAUGAAUCCUCUAUUUGAAUUAUGUUGCCUUGACCAAUGCCUUGACCUAUACUUGACCAAAAAGUACUUGACGGAUGCUUGACAUUGACAUAACUAUGACAGCCAACAGAGCAGCCUAUCAGAAGAGUGAAGAGCCGAAGUGCAGACAGAAGGGAUAAAUAAAUGUGCGCGUGUUUAUUUCUUUCGUGUUUUUCAUUUCAGCUCAGCAACGUGUAGUGUAUUUUUUAUACUCAUUUGUGGUACUUAACAGGAACAAACACACUUUUAUAUUAUUAUAACCGUAUUCACUUUCACAAACAUUAACAUGGAUGAAGAAAAGAAGGUUAUGUUUCAUGAAAUGGAGUUAGACGAUCGGAUUCUAAAGGCUAUAUCUCAGUUAUCGUGGAGUGAGCCAACACUUAUCCAAGCUACUGCCAUUCCUUUGCUGCUGGAGGGUAAAGACGUCCUUAUGAGAGCACGAACUGGGUCGGGGAAGACUGCAGCGUUCACUGUUCCUGUUAUACAAAAGGUCCUGAACUUGAAGAACACAAGCCGACAUCAGAGUAUCAGGGCUUUGGUGUUGUCACCCAGCAAGGAGUUAUGUGGACAGAUAGCAUCAGUAAUUGGCGAUUUAACCCUCAAAUGUGCGAGAGAAGUGAGGUGUGUGGACAUAUCCUCGAGUGGAGACAUGCAAAUACAGAAAUCAUUGUUACUUGACAAACCAGACAUAGUUGUGUCAACACCGUCUCGAGUACUCGCUCAUUUGAAGGCUAAUAACUUGAGGUUGAAGGAAGAACUGGCCAUGCUGGUGGUGGAUGAGGCCGAUUUAAUAUUCUCAUUUGGAUAUGAAGCUGAAAUCAAAGAGUUAUUAAGCCACUUGCCAAAAAUAUACCAAGCUGUGUUGGCCUCGGCUACACUGUCAGAUGAUGUUUUAAGCCUAAAGAAGAUAGUCCUACGCAACCCGGUCACGUUGAAACUUGAAGAGCCCGAAUUGGCGCCUUCCUCUCAGCUCCAGCACUACCAUUUGUUUGCGGAGGAAGAUGAUAAAGCCGCCAUUUUAUAUGCUCUGCUAAAAUUAAACCUCAUCAGGGGGAAGAGUAUUAUUUUUGUGAGGACAGUGGAUCGGUGUUACAAGUUAAAACUAUACUUGGAGCAGUUCAAAAUAGCUUCAUGCGUGCUGAACUCCGAGUUGCCCGCAGCAGUACGAUGCCUAUCAGUGGACCAGUUCAACCGCGGUCGGUACCAGAUCAUCAUAGCUUCAGAUGAGAAGGCCUUGGAGAAGCCCGAUGGUGGGAUAUUACCUAUUGAAGAGAGAACUAAGAAGAAAAAGCAAGCGUCGAAGCGCAAGCGUGACAAGGAGUCGGGCGUGUCCCGCGGCAUUGACUUCCAGCACGUCGCCAACGUCAUCAACUUUGACUUCCCGCUCGACGUCAACUCCUACGUGCACAGAGCUGGCCGGACGGCCAGGGGGAACAAUCAGGGAUCGGUGUUGUCAUUCGUGUCGAUACGGGAGAAGCCUCUAAUGGACGCAGUGGAGUCCCAUUUAGCGAAAGGAUUUAACAGUCAAAAGGUGUUACAGAAGUACGAGUUCGCGCUGGAAGAAGUGGAAGGGUUUAGAUACAGGUCUAAAGAUGCGUGGCGUGCGGUCACCAGGAUCGCAGUGAGGGAAGCCAGGCUGAAGGAGAUCAAACAGGAGCUGCUGAAUUGCAAGAAGUUGCAGGGUUACUUUGAAGAGAAUCCCACAGACCUAGCCGCCUUGAGACGAGACAAGGCGCUGCACACGGUGAAGCUGCAGCCUCAUCUGGCGCACAUACCGGAGUACCUGCUGCCGGCGGCGCUGAGGAGUGAGGAGCCCGAAGCGGAUCAGGAGGAAGCGCCCGUCAAGAAGAAGAGCAAGAAGAAUUAUGAGAACGUUAAGAGGUUGAAACGACAGGCCCGCCAAAACAAUCCGCUACGCAGUUUCCACCUAAAAGCUAAGAAACUCUCAACGACUGGCGACACUUAGACCUGUUAGUAUGAGGAGUGGAAAUUAUAUGAAAUAUAUAUUUUAUAUUGCUAUCAUGUAUAUGCCAAAAGCUAUCUGAUCUGAGCAGUAAACUGUUUCGUUUGGA